GAGGGAUCAACCGGCGUCGAGAACCCCGCGAGACAGCUCGCAGCGUCCAGGCAGCCUAUUUCGUCUCUCCCACGCCAUGCGCUGCGCCUCGAUUCGCGCUGCGCUGCUGCUCGAAAUCUGCUGCGUGUAUUAAUCCCCGUCGGCCCUGGUCUCCGCCCUGCCCCGGGUCACCCUUUCGUGAGCUGUCUCAGAUCACUGCGCCGCCUGCUUCACUCGUGCGCUUGACCCUCACGCUUCUACUUAUACGCUUGUUUGCUUUGCAUGGCAUUGUCGUGCCAUCCCCACCCACGUAUCGGCUUCUGCAUGUUCAGCCAAUACUCCAUCCAUCCCACAUCAUUAAUACCCCAUUGUCCAUCACUGCAAGACAUCACGUUACAUCAUGGCGCCCAACCCACACUGGCGACAGCACCAGUCGAGUAACAGCACCGCUUCUGGCCGCAGCGACAACAGCACCGUGUCGGCUCGCAGCGACACCAGCGACCGUUCGUACGACACAGCGCCGACCGAGUACAGCGACCGCAGACCGUCGCUCAUGCACAGCGAAACAAGCCACGCCCGCGUACAGGGACGCGCCCGGGAACGAGACUACUUUGUGCCCCAACACAAAGUCGACCGCUAUCCACAGCUGCCGCCCCGCUCCUCCGUCGACACAUAUGCCUCGACAUCAGAAGAAGACCUUGCCGAUGAGCUCGAUGACAUGCCCGACUACGACGUGCCCACAUACCGACACGAGCCACUAGCUUGCGAUGCCAUCCCUACCACCCCCCGCGACUUUGGGGAGCUCUUCCCUACGUCCAAGCGCCUAUCCAUACGCCACGACGACUCGACUAUAGACGGCAACAUGAACCUGAGAGUGGAUACACAGGUCGAGGAACGAGGACACCGGAAACAAAGCUACACUCUCUUCCAUCUCCGCAUGCAGGACCUUCGCACACGCCAGUUCUCGCUCCGCAGAUACUGCAGAGAGUCAGGCCGCGAGGUCUGCCACUCGACGCGCAAGUACCAGAAGCCAGCCACAGAGAUGCGGCCAGUCCUGCAACGCGCAAGCACAGCCCUCGCUAGUCUGGUCAAGUCCGACUCUCGCCCCUCAACAUCAGCAGGUCUGAAGCGGGCCGACUCCGGCUAUGACUCCAUGCAGGGCAGUCUUCAUGACGACGCCGACGACAAUGUUACGCGCUCCGAGUCACGUCCCAAGGCGGUGGGAUACUCAAAGGGCCGCGCGUUAAUACCGACCAAUACCAUCAAGCUCGAGUUCUCGAAUUACGCACAUCUCGACGUCAAGCGCCGCGGUGCCAAGUCAUACAAGAAGUAUGCCUUUGAAUACUGGGGCAACGACUACUCCUGGAAGCGCAUCGUCAAGAAGGAAGGGCGGGACCAGCAGGAGUCUGUCUCAUAUUACCUCGUCCGCGAUGACAACGACAAAGAGCCGCUUGCGCACAUUUGCCCCGUACGGUUGACGCACGAAGAGGCGCACGAGGAGGCUGCCCGUGGUGGCUGGAUACCACCCUGUUAUAUGCGCGUUACCGAUGACAAGAUCCUGCGCUCAGACUCAGACAUUUCCGAUGUUGUCAUGGCGACAGGCCUCAUGGCUCUUGUGGAUGACUGCAUCAAGCGACGCUUCCAUUCCAAACAGAGCACACAGAUGCACAUCCCGCUUCUCAGAAAUCCGUCAUUCAAAAUGGCCAACUUGGAAUACAUUGGCCCCAAACGCCUCAUCGAUGAGAUGUUCAGCCGAAAACACCAGGAUGGCAACAUACCCAAGAAACACCCUUUAGCGGUACGUCGUUUGCCGACGUCCGUUUAGUGUCUGCUUUCUUUAGCUCUAGUUUGUGUUAGUAUACGUUCAAUCAGUAUCGGGAAGCUGCAGCCUGUUCUCGCAUCUUGUACCACCAACCUGUCAGAAACAUUCU